GAGGAGGUCGGCCGGGACGUUAAGGUGGCCUGCAGCAGGCUCGUCGGUGCCCGUUGGCUUCGCUCGUUCCGUGCCUCGUCUCUCCCUGGAAGGGGAGGGGGGCUUCGACGCCGAGCAGGAUCCGCCGCUGUCGUAGUCCCGAGCUUGAAGUCGCUAGGACUUCUCUCAAGGUUGUGUGCUGAGGAGACUCAGAUGUUGGCCUCAGUUCCUAGGCUGAACUCAGCAGAUCGGCCCAUGAAAACUUCUGUAUUGAGACAAAGGAAAGGAUCUGUCAGAAAGCAACAUCUCUUAUCCUGGGCUUGGCGGCAAGGAAGAGGACAGGUGGUGGAAAUCCUGCAAUCUGAAAAGCAGACUGAAAGGUGACAAAGAAGCUGAAGAUGGGUGGUGGAGAGAGGUAUAACAUUCCAGCCCCUCAAUCUAGAAAUGUUAGUAAGAACCAACAACAGCUUAAUAGACAGAAGACCAAGGAUCAGAAUUCCCAGAUGAAGAUUGUUCAUAAGAAAAAGGAAAGAGGACAUACUUACAAUUCAUCAGCAGCUGCAUGGCAAGCCAUGCAAAAUGGGGGGAAGAACAAAAAUUUUCCAAAUAAUCAAAAUUGGAACUCUAGCUUAUCAAGUCCCACCUUACUUUUUAAGUCUCAAACUAAUCAGAACUAUGCUGGAGCCAAAUUUAGUGAGCCACCGUCACCAAGUGUUCUUCCUAAACCACCAAGCCACUGGGUUCCUGUUUCCUUCAAUCCUUCCGAUAAAGAAAUAAUGACAUUUCAACUAAAAACCUUACUUAAAGUACAGGUAUGAGAUAAAGUACUAAUGUUCAAAGCUAGUCAAUAUUUAGGGAUAAUUGGCAAUUGUUUCAGACUAAAUACACAAGGGAAUUAAUCUGUAAAAUAGCUUGCGUAGAAAAUAUAAUUAGACUUCAUCUUUUAUGUGUUAUGUGCAUUGAUGUAAUGAUAGAAUCAGUGCAACUUAACUAAGAUUUGUACUUGAUUAUCAAUACUAAAUUAAGUGUUUUCAAUGGAUUAACCAUUUAAAUGAAACCAAGUGCAGAUUUGGGGAGUGAUAAAGGAAUCAACCUUUUCUAUUGCUUGUUGGGAAAAUUAAGAUUAUCAUUCAUGGAUCAGUAGGUUUACUUGUUGAAAGCUGGUGAAUCUGAUGAUAAGCAUCAAAUUAAAACAUACAGGGGUUGAAAACUAGUUGAAUAUUGAGUUCAAUGUUCUAGAAACAUCCAGACCAGUUACAUAUCAACAACCUGAUGCACUGCCAAAAAAAUGUGAACUUUUUAAAAAGAUUAUAGUUGUUUUAGUUAACUAUAUGGUGUACAGGGCACUAGGGGCUAUUAGAAUGAAAUAGUAUACCCCACUGGCCUUGUAUAUGACAUGCAGUGGAUAGAUGUCUGCCAACAAAGGCACCGAAAUCAUUUUUUAUGGAAAUAGUAUUUGGUGUUAACCAAGUAGCUUUCAAAAUGCAUUUUUGUAUUAUGGCACUGCACAAGCUAUUCUGACAGUGAUCUGGCUUCACACCAUCCUUGCAAAGCUUGUUUAAAGUGGGGAGCUGUAUAAUGUGAAAGUUUUAAGUAGCUAGGAAAGAGCCAUGUAAAUAUAUGUAAUAAACUUGUAGCAUAUGUAAAAUUUUAUUGGCAUUUAUCCUACAAAAAUAGAAUAUUUUAGUAUGAAUUUGCUGAAUGUAAGACAUCGACUUUUUUUAUACUAUGGCCUAAUUUUAAAGGUCUAAGAUAACUUCUUUUAAAAGUUUGCCCUUGUGCUAAAGUGCCAGUGUAUGUAUAUUAUAAUUGAUCUCGCUGUAAACUAUAUUUCAAAGCAAAUCUUAGUGUAAGAAGUUUUAUAUAACUGAGGUUUGAAGCUGCUAAAACACUUCCUAUUUUUGAGAUGUGAAAAUGCAGUACGGGAUUAUUUUUUCUUUAAGCCCAAAGAUUAAGGGGUCCCCAUAACCCUAAAGAUUCAUUUUGGCUUUCAACAAUUUGUGUAACCUAUGAGUAUAAUAUACAAUGCCAGUGUAUUUUUUUUGUCAAAAGAUGUAACCCAGGGGACCACUUAGUGCAAAAGAUGUAAUUUCUUGCAAUACCUUAAUGACAUGUUUUGCCUGCCUUAAAGAUAAAUGCUAAUUAUAACAGCUAAAUUAAAAGUGUGUGUGGGGGGGUCUAUUUAAAACUUGAUUGUAAGUGCCCUACUUUCUGAUUUGGCCGCUUUUGGGGGAUUGUUUUUUAAGAGCAGAAUUGCUAAAUUGUAUUUCUCCAAAUAACUUCAGAUUAGGUAAUAUUGCUCAAGUCAAACAAUGACACCCUAAAGACAUAGUACUCAAUGUACAUCAAUGAAUUUGAAGCAUGAAAUUAAAAAAAUAAAAUUGUUUUUUACCCCA